AUGGAUAUAAAACCGAAAAAACGGAAAAGAAAUAGGAUUGUUGUGAAAAACGACGAAUAUGAUAAAUUACCAGUAUGUGGAAUCGAAGUUCGCCUUCCUGUAGGUCUUAAACCGUAUCCUUCACAAAAACUGAUUAUUGUUCGAAUUAUAACGGCAUUGAAAAAUAGCACGAAUGUUCUCGCAGAAAGUCCAACGGGAAGCGGAAAAACGAUGGCGUUGUUAGCGUCGACGUGUGCCUGGUUGCGAUCGUAUCAAGAAGAAAGAAAAAUGUCAAAAAAAUCGUGUAAACUCCACAGCAUUGCAAGUGUUGUAAAGCAAGAAAUUAUAAAACGAGAAGAAGAAAAUUACACUGUGAAAGAAGAAAUUGGCAGUGUGAAGAAUGAAAAGAUCGGAAUUAAAGAGGAACCGUCGGCAGCUGAUGAUGAUGAAAUGGAAUCAACCCUUAAACAAAGCUUAUUUGAAAGCCAGUGGAUAGAAGACUUCAAGCCGUAUGAUGUGAAAGCAAAUAUCAAAAAAGACGAGAAUGGAACAUUUGAUGAAACGAUGAAUACGUCUGAGGAACUUACUUGCACGUGUCUUCCGCGAGUUCGAAUUUAUUACGGCACGCGAACUCAUAAACAGAUUUCGCAAGUCGUGAAAGAGUUUGGACGAUUACCUUAUAAUGGAAUUUUGAAGCACACAAUAUUGGCAAGUCGCGAGCAGACCUGCAUUAAUGGGGCUGCUAGGAAGUCUGCUGAUAUCUCGCAAUUUUGUAAAGAUAUCAAUUCAGCCGAUGGCUUAGGAUGCUCCUUUAAAUCGUCGAUGAGAAAUCGAUUUGAAAAAGCCGCUCCGCUGAGAUCUCAUCUAGAAAAUAAUGGUACCGUGGUAUUUGAUACGGAUGCACUUGUCGAUGUUCUCUCGAGCACAGGACCCCAGCUAUGUCCGUACUUUUGCUCAACUAGAGUUCUUACUCAAGAUGCUGAUAUCAUUUUCUGUCCAUUCUCAUAUUUAGUUGAUCCAAUUAUAAGAAAUUCGUCGGAUGUACAUAUGAAAAAUUCGAUAAUCAUUCUCGACGAGGCUCAUAAUAUUGAAGACACUUGUCGUGAUGCUGCGAGUUUCUCAUUCACUGAAAAAGAAUUCGAAGAUUCAUUGCUCUCGUUUCGAAUCAAACGAUGUGCUGCUGAUUCGAUUCUAUCGAACGGGAAAUCUAAUUUCGGUGAUAGCGGAUUCGAUGAUGAUAUGAAUGAUAAAAUGGACAAGCUAAAAAGUUUCCGUUCCGAUCUCAUCACACUUGAGCUUCUGGUUCUGGAAAUUAUGAAAUGGAUGAGAUGUUUAGCAGCGGAAUUGAAAUCUUCUAAUAACACUGAUCUAAAGACAAUAACAUUGUAA